UCCUUAUCAGUAGCGAGAUGACCGUCGAUGAAUCUGCAUACGGAGUUGGAUUCGUUCUAAACUGGACUAAUAUUUCGCGAGUAGUGCUCCUUUAAAGUCCAGUGGGUCCAUUUAGAAGCGUCUAUGGGCGCCUGACUGGACACUCGAACUCGUUUAGCUGUCGCGUGGCUAUAAAGUGCUAUAUGAAUGAGCCCCGCGGGGAGGCAAGAGUGUGGGAGUUGUCGCCGCCGCCGCCGUCGUCGUUGACGUCGUCGCGAUCCAAAACGGACCAAAUAGGUGCCCGCGGAAAAGCUAUCGGUUGGCAGUCGUCUCUAAUGAUGGAAAUACUCGCCCGGAGGAUCCAUGACGAUUGUGCCGAGGGAAGACCUGUUGCGUGCGGGGGUGGUCGCGGUGGAAAACGAGCGGAAUGUCGUUUUCCUAGGUCUAACGCGUGAGUCGGUUCGGUUCAGUUACGGUUGGAACAGAAGCGCGAAUGGUCAUUGUGGGAUCCGCGUCGACAGCAAGUGAGGAGUGCGUGGGCGGGUGCGAGUGUAGCGUGUAUUUAUGCCGCAAAGUAGAAGGAAAUUCGACUUGUUGAUCUAUCACCUCUGAUUUACCGCUUCAGGGAAAAUAUGAAUAAAGAGUUUAAAAAUGGUGCGAUGGAAAAAUAAUCUACAAGAAAACAUAGUUUGCGGUGAUCGAUGGAUCCAAUCAGUUCAGCAAGAGUGAUAGAUGAGAAGAGAACGAAAAUGUACCACUGUGGAAGAGUACAAAACAAGUGAUUAGUUAUAAAAUUCCGCUUGAAGAAUAGUGCGGUGAAAAGUGAAUAUAAACAAAAAUGGGCGAAUCAUCGGCAUCAUCAUCAAUGGAGUCCCUGCUGGCACUGAUGGAUGUCGGUGGCGAUUUCAACGGUUCCGGUAGUGGCGACGGGUUUUCACCGCCACCAAUCAACGAUACUCUGCGGGAUCUGUGCCACCUGCAAAAUGAUACACUGUUUAUGGAGCUGUCGUGUCCGCCGCUGUUUGAUUCUGUUUCGUGCUGGCCGAGGACACCACCAGCAACGACAGCAAUUUUGCCGUGCUUCUCCGAGUUCAAAGGCGUACAGUACGAUACAACACAGAACGCCACCCGCUAUUGCAAUAUCGAUGGAACGUGGAACAAUUUUGCCAAUUACGAUGCCUGCAAGCACCUGGAGCCACCUUCGUCUGACCCAACGCUCGAAUCGUUCAUCGAAUUACCGAUAGUGAUCUACUUUGUAGGAUAUACCAUAAGUCUGCUGUCACUGUUUUGUGCCGUCACCGUUCUGGUUUACUUCAAGGAACUGCGAUGCCUCAGAAACACCAUUCACGUCAACCUGUUCGUCACCUACAUCAUGUCGUCCAGCCUCUGGAUCAUCAUACUCUCUCAACAGGUGUUUAGUUGGCGCGAUUAUUUGGCUGCCAAACAGGGGAUAGUGGAUUGCAUUUUCCUGGUCACGUUGUUCCAUUACUUCAGCACGACCAAUUUCUUCUGGAUGCUUGUGGAAGGUCUAUAUCUGUACAUGCUGGUAGUACAGACGUUCUCUGGAGAUUAUCUACGUUUUUGGAAGUAUUCCAUCAUUGGCUGGGGAGGCCCUUUAAUCUUUGUCGCAGCGUGGGCCAUCGCCAAGUCCUUCUACCCAUACGACCUGAUGCCGGAGCAUCCGAAUAAGAAAAUUUAUCCCCCGCAGCUGCAGAUUGAGUGCUCGUGGAUGCGGGAAUCUCACAUCGACUGGAUUAUUCAGGGCCCAUCCUGUGCCGUGCUGGUAAUCAACCUCAUCUUCCUACUGCGAAUUAUGUGGGUCCUCAUCACCAAGCUCCGUUCGGCCAACACGGUCGAAACGAGACAGUACCGGAAAGCAUCCAAGGCACUGUUGGUACUUAUUCCGCUUCUGGGCAUCACCUAUCUGGUGGUCAUCUACGGACCGCACGAGGGCGUUGCCAGUCGGAUUUUUGCGGUCACCAGGGCUGUGCUGUUGAGUACGCAGGGCUUAGUAGUAUCGUUGCUGUACUGCUUUCUGAACUAUGAAGUACGAGGUACUCUUCGGUUACAUUACUACAGAUGGCGAGACGAACGCAACAUUAGACUCGGCAUCAUUUCCAAGCAUCGAAGACCAACCAUCAGUGGAACUGAAAGUAUACGCACCCUGGAGUACAGUGUCGUGAUAAUGAAAAGCUUGGCACCGCCGCCGCCAUCGUCGUCCAGACAUCCACAUACCCACCACAAUCAUCCGAACAACCUCGGUAGCAACUGAAUUUACCGACCAGCAGAGAGCCCAGCCGGUGGCUCCGGGGUCAAAUUUGUUCCGGUCCGGCGGAGAACUUUUGGAGCAAUUCAGUCGGGAAUUGUAGACGAAGCAAGUUUGUGUGUGAAUUGUGCGAGAUGACAACGACGACGACGACGACGACUAGGUACGACCGGAAACAGCAAUCCAUGUCAUGCCAUGCUGGAAGGCUGCAAUUAAAUUGAAUUUCAAAACAAACAUCAUCGCUUUACAAUAGGAACUUUUAUUUAAUUCGCUCUCCGGGACGAGACGACAAUGGUCUUUUAUGUGGAAAGUGUGUGCUAAACAAUUGGGGCUGAAAUGUAGAGUACUCACAAUAAAACAGAAAUUAUCAUUGAGGAAAGAGAUGGUGGUAGCAGCAACAAGUAAUUUAGGUAACUCAAUCAUAAACGUUUAAGAUAGUGUAUCAAAAGUAUUCGUUAUUAAGCAUUGUCAAUCAAUUUUCAAACCGUAUUGCAAUUAAAAAGAGAAAAAUGUCUACUGAAAAAUAAGCACUUCAAAGAAAACAAUAUUGUUUUUCACAUAUUUUUUUUUCAUAUGCCUGAAUAUUUUUCUUUCAACAAAUUAUGCUUUCAAUUCAAUUUAAUAAUAGUGUUUUUUACUAAAAUUAUGAAACUCAAGUAAAAGUUUCUAUAUAAUUGAGCACAGUUUUGGAUUUUCACUCUCUUGAGUAUCUGUAUAUAGUAAGAAAAACACAAAUCUUUGGAGUUUAAAAAAGAAUUUUACGUUUUGAUGAUCUAUUUUUUGACAAUUUUAAGGAAUUUCUACCUCAUUUAGGGCUUUUGUGCUGCUGCCUACGAAUACCGUUGGGGUGGUGAGGAGCGUAGUUGUAAUGGUGCAAAAUGGUCAGAAUAGAAGUCAGUCGAUAGAAAUUUGACACAGACGACAUCGGAAUCUCAUCUCGUGCAAAAUGAGGAAUGUUUGUGCUUAAUUUGGUGUUUCGAGUAGGAUUUGAACGUCUUCUUUUGAGACGGUAGGAUUGCGUUCAGAGGCAAAGUUUGGGAAUGUGCUAGCGGUGAGGGUGUAAAUAUUUACACAUUCGAUUGAAUUUUCCGAGCGCGUGUGUUCAGAGUCAGAGCAGACAUUCGGGUAUUCGUAUGAUUGAAUUUGACACAGGCAGCUUCAUUGUAACCGAUGUACAACGUAUAUAGGCUAGUUAUUGUAAUUUAUAAUACUUAGAGCGGGUUUCAAGAGAUGUCGAACCAAAGCUUACGAUUGUUUAUGUUAUUAGAUGUAUUUUUGUAUAUAUUUGAAUGAAGAAAUAUAAUUAUGUGAA